CACAGUUUCCCCCCACCAAGAAAUCAUUGUACAGCCAAUGAAAAAACUCCCAAACCUCAAGUUUCUGCCAAGGUUUGUUUUCUGUAGAUCACUAACUCUGCCUCAGGCCAUGGAGAGCCUCCUUGGAGGAGCCUGUUUGCAGGAAGCUCAGCUCCAGGCAGCGGGAGGACGGUUGUAAAGCCAGGCACACGCUCUCCAGCACUAGCUCUUCUGCUUCUCCUGCAGGUACUCAGCCUAUUUUUGCAAACUGGUUUCCUUGUGGUAUUUGCAGAGAGGCCAACAGGCUUACUGGUCACGCAGGAGGGGAAGGUUGUCUUGGGGAGGUUUGCUGCCGGCUGGGCCCUGCAGCUAGGGAGCACCCAGGAGAACUUCCUGGGUGGGAAGGACUUUGUGGAGGUUCUGAGCCCAGGCUGGUCGGAGGUGAGGUUGUCAAACACCAAACGCUGUCUGUGACAAGGAGGAGUGCUGCAGGACGAUGGGGUCCUGCUCCAAGUGAGCUCCUCUGACUGUGAGGACCAGAUGUCCCGGUGAAGCUGUGCCUGGUUUUAUGCUGACCUUGCUCUUGUGUCAGUGGGGCUUUGAAAUCUCUCCUUUCCAGCUGUUUCCUAUGCACUCUGCUGCAGAAGGGCAAUGCCAGAUGAUAUGAACCCAAUAUACGAGAAAAUGCCGAGACCCACUGUAAAUCCAGACUGCCAAGUCCUGCCCCCCCGCCCCAUGUUGCAUUUCCAUGAACCUCUGGCAUCAGCCUCACACUCUGCUUGCUGCUAACAUUGAGGAGUUUGAAGGCAAAGAACAAAGCAAAAAGGGGUUGGAGUUGUGGGCUGUUUUCUCGAUUUGUGUCACUUGGUGCUGACUUAGUGUUGAGAGGGUUUAUUUUCCACCCAUUUCUUUCCCUGAGAGGCAGCAGGAGUGUUGGACUUCCUUUGUGCAGCGGUGUCAGUGGAGAAUCUGGUGAGUGUCUCAGAAGGAAGAAUUGUCACUUAUAUCAGGAUUUGGAGAGAGAAGUAAAUGUAGGCAAGUAGAGGGUUGUUAGAGAUCUGAAGGAAACUUGACUCCAUUUGCUAUUAUCACAACUCUCCUAGUUUCCAUGGCAUGCCUUUCUGAAAGUAAAAUCAACCAAAACUGAACUGAAAUGAAAACUCCUCCUCCCCAAAACUGAAUCAAGGCAUAGAACAGGGGCAACCCUGUCUAUAUGUACAGUCUGGGGGAGGAGAGGCUGGAGAGCCUGGUGAAGGGUCUGGAGGGGAAGACGUGUGAGGAGUGGCUGAGGGCCCUCUGUUUGUUCAGCCCAGAGCAGAGCAGGCCGAGGGGAGGCCUCAUGGCGGCCUGCAGCUCCCUCACGAGGGGAGCGGAUGGGCAGGCGCUGAGCUCUGCUCUCUGGGGACAGCGACAGGACCCUAGGGAAUGGCAUGGAGCUGGGACAGGGGAGGGUCAGGCUGGAUGUUAGAGAAAGGUUCUUCACCCAGGCAGUGGUCGGGCACUGGGGCAGGCUCCCCAGGGACGUGGUCAUGGCACUGAGGCUGCUGGAGUUCAAGAAAUGUUUGGUCAACACUCUCAGACACAGGGUCUGAUUUUUGGGUGGCCCUGUAUGGAGCCAGGAGUUGGACUUGGAGAUCCUUGUGGAUCCCUUCCAACACAGGAUAUUCUAUGAAUAUAUGAAUUUAUUGCUUCUGUACUUGUGCCACCUGCAGGCCAAAAGAAAACCCAUUUGAUCUCCAUUGACAGUUCAGUUAACAGCUUCCUGGAUCAUUUCCCUGAGCAGCUGAAUGCUUCUCACCUUCCUCUUGUGUGGCUUUGCACUCUGUUCCCAGCCCUGAGACGAUGUCCUGGAGGGAAGAACAUAUGAGUCUACCCCCAUGUUUUAUCCAGCGCCUGGACCACCUCGUGUUGACUGUUAAGAGCAUUGAGGACACUGUUGCCUUCUAUUCCAAAGUCCUGGGCAUGGAAGUGGUGACUUUCAAGGGAAAUCGCAAAGCUUUACGUUUUGGCAACCAGAAGUUUAACCUGCAUGAGGCUGGGAAGGAAUUUGAACCCAAGGCUCGCUACCCGGUCCCCGGCUCUGCAGAUAUCUGCCUUAUCACACAGGCACCCCUGAAGCAGCUUCUGAGUCAUCUGAAGGCCUGUGGGGUGAUCAUUGAAGAAGGUCCUGUGGCCAGGACUGGUGCCGUGGGUCCAAUAACAUCCAUCUACUUCCGAGACCCCGAUGAGAACCUGAUUGAGGUUUCUAGGUACAGCACAGACAUGAGUGCAGUCAGCGGAGGGGAGCCCUAACCACAACCCAUACUCUCUGCCUGAGUCCCAGCAGGAGGUAUGAUGCAGAGGCCAGGGUUUUGAUGGUCAGUAUAUAGAUUCAAGCUUUCAUUUUGUAAACCUAUGACAAGUCUCAACUCCCAGCUGUAAAGCUGCAUGAGCCUUGAGAGCUUUCCACAAGCAGGAUCAGCUCCAGCUUGCUCUGCACUCACCCCUGGAUGCGAAUCCUACUUUUAUAAAUCACUGUCAAUGGAGACUUCAUGACCUUCUUGGAAGAUCCAUCCUGCUGAAACCUACCUCCUCUCUGGGAACUGCACCUCAGCGUCUGACACCCAAAGCGCUCAUGAAGCUGUGGCUCUGUGCCUCAUACUCAGCUCUGCAUAAAUACUUGAAUAUUUAUAGGGUUUCUGUCACCGGGGAUGGGAGAAAGCAGCAAUGAGGAGCAGCAAGGAGGUGGCUGUAAGGAGGGGAGGGUUUCUAAAGCCAGGGAGCUCACCUAGAUUUCUGCAGGGGUGAAGGGGAAAUGAGGUGCUAAUACAGUGGCAUCAGGCACAAAACUUCUAUGUUGGCUCUCCUUGCAGCUCAGCAUGGUUGUCUUGGACUGUCAUCUGAGUUUCCUUCUUUCUUUAAUACUUCAAUUAUUUAAAAAGCAUGAAGGAACAAAGAGGGGUUACUUGGGGUUUUUCCAGGAGAGCAGUUCCCCAGCUGGCCACACUGCGGUAGCAAUGUUAUCAUCAAGGAAACAGUGCUGGAAGGCAGAGAGAACUCUUCUGACCUCUACAGUCAAAAUCACCUCUAAAAUUGAAAUAAUCAGUGAAUUGAUUUUUUUUUUUAAUAUUGUUUCGUGGAAAAUCCAUCUUCUCCAUGGUGGAAAAAAAGCAAAUCCCUAAUAAAUGCAGUGCUUCCAAUUACCAAAAUCUUGUGUCAGUGCUGGUGGUAGGGAUGAAAGCUGCUUGCAGCUCGCUUUGAACCAUUUGUGGGAGUGAAUGACAAGCGCUCUCCUGGGAGAAGGCACCACAACUCACCACCUUUGCCCUGUACGUGCAGAACAGGAGGGGACCCAAGGGGAAGGGGACCCCUGGGAAAGGGGGAGGCCCUGGGCAGGGGCCCCGGUUCUGCGGCCGCUCUCCAGGGUGCUGACAGCUGCCAAGCAUCCUCGCCUGGCCCCAGCUCCUAGCUCUGCUGGCCUGGGCUUCUCCCUGCCCAGGCUCUUGUUCCAGCCCUACCCUGUUCAUUUUUGGCCUGGGUUUGUCCUUACUGAUUGCUUGCUCACAGGUGUCCUGCCUGGCUCGGUGCUGGAAGUGUUGUUUUACUCACUGAGCUCGCUACUGUAAAUAUGUUUGGGAAGAAAGGUCUCCUGUUCUUAAUUUUAUUUUAAGCAUCAUUUGUCUUGGAACAUCAGUAGAAGGAAGGACAAUGGCUCUUUUCUUAUUCAACUUGACAGGAGAAGUUAGGAACUUUGUUUGCACCAUAUUAAUUACUGAAUUACUUUCAGUGUCAUGCAAGCUGGCCUAUAGUUUCUGCGGGCCAUUUUUCCCUAUGCUCUUAAAAGACCUCACUUUCCUUACCAAGGGGCUAGGCCUCCUAAUUUUUUAAGGACAUGAAACAUUUAUUGUCUGAAACUGGAAAUAGUCAGACAUUUUUCUGGGGUAGGAGACUGGAGGCGUUUUCAGGAUCCUAGGCUUAUAGAAGAAAUACCAUGAAAGAAAAAACCCUCAAGUAUGCCUUCAGCUUCCAGAUAUUUUGGAAAAGCUGUUACUGCUUCAGCUGAUAGGCUUGUACACUACCAGCAUUCCUGAACCUUCCCUCCCUUAUUUUACACAUUUUCUGCUGAAAUGUGUCAGGAUUGUGCCUUACUGGGUAACUGAGACAGCAGGCUGAGAAAGUGGGAGCAGUUUGUAAUGUUGGCAGCAACACCAGAUCUUCAGGCCCUUGUAAUUGUGCAAGCCUCACAAGAGCCUUGUCCCUCUCCGACCAAAGACUGACAAUGAUCAAUGUCAAACGCUACAAGCUUGAAGUGGCUUCCUCCCUUGUAGAGGGGUGAUGGCACCUAGGAGAGCCGCACUCAGAGAAACCUAAUAAGUUAGGUUUCCUGCAGCUCUUGCCAAUGUGUGGUCUGGUGUCUACUAAACUUGCUGAGCGUAUAGUGAGCACAUUUUCCCAGUGGGGACAUGAAUUUGGGUUUAUUUAAGACUGUCUCAGACUAUAAGGUAUAAACAGGUAUUCCCCCUUUCCCAAUCCAAUGACCUUGUAGCAAGUGUUGCUAAAGACCUUAUCGCAACCUGGCAGUGUUGGAAUGCAAGUAGGAUGAAUCAAAUUUAGAAGAUCUUCUGGAUCUCUUGGACAAAAUGUAGCCUGAAACCCAAAUCUAAAUGAAAUGUUCUCUCCAUCUCAAUCCCACACCCCACCCCACUCCAGCACCAAUAGAUGAAAGGUGAUAGUUCCCUUGUCACCUCAGCUUCAGCUCACUCUGUCCUAGCCUCUGCUGUGUUCCACUUCUAAUUCAAAAGCCAUGGUAUUGUAUGUGUUUGGAUUAAAACUGGAAACCUACAUGAUGUAGAAUUAAAUCUUUA